GCUGUUUUAUGUGUAUUAAAGCUCAAAUGACCGUUGUACAGAGAAAUUUUCCGCCGAAAAAGAAACCUCGAAACCAACUUUCUUAGAUGAAGAAGCUUUUUAGAAGCAGCUAUAAUGAAUUUAUGUACACUGCUCUCAAAAUCCAUUUCCAGAACUUUGGCUUCCCUCUCGUAACCAAUUCAUAUGUUCACAACUUUACCAGAACCCUACAUUCCAAUUCAAAGUUUGAUGUCGUUCUUAAUGAGCUCGCUGAGCUCCAUCCUCCAAAACCCAGUUCCCACGCUGCCCAAUCACCGUCGGGAAUGGAUGUGCCCUUUGAUCAUGAGAGACCCACGAAGCGGAAUGAAUCAGCGGUUCAGAUUUCACAUCCGUGGCAGGAGUGGGUGGAUUUGAUGGAAUGCUUGUUGAGGAGAGGCUAUUUCGAUGGAGAUGGAAACCCUUUUGAAAAUGGCCAAUUGGGUUCCAAAGAAGCCAAUAGUAUCCGCACUGCGUGCCUUAAUUUUGCUAGGGAUCGCUUUAGUCUUAUAAGGUAUUUCUCAAGGAAAGAUAUUCAGGUCAUAGUAGGAUGUGGAUGCCCAAGCCUAGAUAGGAAAGUUGUCAAUUCUGGGAAGCGCUUAAGAGCUCAUGUGGGCAUUGAUGAAGGAAAUGUUUGCAGCUCAUGCAAUUUGAGAGGAAGCUGUGAUAGGGCUUAUGUGAAGGCACGUGAAGAUCAAGGUGGGAGGACCGUGGAUGUGAUGCGCAUUUUAUUGACAUACGGUCUGGACUCAAUCACCAGUUCUGUAGAGAACAAGCCAUGUCAAAACAAAUCAGUUAAAGAAUCAGUUCGAGCACUGCUGAAAGAAAUGGUUGAUUAUGGCAGCAAAGAUCAACAAGCUGACAUGCCGAAUACAGCGCCCUCAAGAGGGGAUGCUUCACUGCAUGAUCAUUCAAGUACACAAGGACACAUAAAAGUUCCAAUGAAGCCAGGCGAUUGGCUUUGUCCCAAAUGCAACUUCCUAAAUUUUGCAAGAAAUAUUAAGUGCUUACGUUGUGAUGGUUUAUUCGAAGAAAGACUGAGGCAACUGCGGGAGGAUCAGGAUCAUCUGCCAUUAAAGAAGGGAGAUUGGAUAUGUGAAAGAUGCAACUUCUUGAAUUUUGCAAAGAAUACAAGAUGUCUGCAAUGCAAAGAGAAUCCCCCAAAACGACAUCUCAAUCCCGGGGAAUGGGAAUGUGAAUCGUGCAACUAUAUUAACUUUAGACGCAAUAUGGUGUGCUUGAAAUGUGACCACAAACGGCCAAAGGUGCCAAAUGCUUCAGGUACAUGCACUGGUGAAUUUGAAGGCAGCAUUGGUAAAUCCACAAGGCGAGACAGAAAGCAAAGUAAAGAUUCAGAUAGAUGGAGGUUUGUACAUGAAGAUAAUGAAGAUGAAGAAUGCUUAGAUUCAAGGACAGAGAAUUCCAAGUUCAUUGAUUUUCCCAUUACUAGAAGUAGGACUACUUGGUCACUUAACACAGGGAAAUGCGAGUCGACAUUGGAGAUGGAAGCAAAGAACAAAAGUCUGUCAACAGUAAUGCAAAAUGAUGGAUCUAAAUGCACUGACAGUCAGAGAAAGUUGGAAUUGCUUGAAUGUUCCGAUGAUGAAGAGAUGUCUGGGUGGUUUCGGCGUCGAUAGAAGGUCCCUCUUAAAGGUUAAUUUCUUCAUACCUGCAUCUAAAAGUGGUUGACAUGAUCUAGAUGAAUGCUCUAUUUCCCAAAAGCCUAGUUCUGAAAUUGAUUGGUUUAUUAAAAUGUCAAUUGUUUCUAAUUGUUAAUUACCAUUCAAAGAUAAGAAUCAUGUUUCUAACUAA